CAUCGUGGAAGGUUAUUCCGCGCGUCGCCGAACGCCACCCAGUCAGUUCGUUUUUAGACAGCGCGUUGGGUGGUGUAUUCGACGAUACGAGUCCACAUCUGUUUUUUUUUCCCCCCCGUUGUCGAAAACCACAAACGGGUCUUGCUUCCGUAAACGUUCGGGCUUCCAACCUAACGCGACGCAGAAACGGUUCCCCGUUGAACGCGAGAUCUCGUUGAACGGAGUGAAUCGUCCCGACUAACCUGCGAACCAGUCGAAACGAGAAUGCGACGACGACAACGAAGAAACGAACAUACAUAGAAGAAGCAAGCCACAGCUGUGUCGGACGUGGAACAACGAUCGAACCGAUUCGAGUUCGAGUAAACCGUAGCAGUGGCGUCGCUCGCGAACGAACGAAAGAGAGUUCAGUCGAACGUGUACCUUCGAUUGGAGGAUCGACGCGAACGAAUAUAUCGUAAAGUUUUAUCGAUAAUCUACGCGAAAGCGUCGCGGUGGGAUUCAUAUAAAAGAGUAACAGUUCGUUGUCAGCGCGUGUGUUGUAAUCGCGGCUAGUAAUUCUCCUACGCGGAGCAGGGCUAGCCGAUCCAUUCCGAUCGAUCGAAAUCGACAUCGAAAAUGUGGCAUCCGUCGAGAAUGACACCGACGGAGAGAAAUGUUGCAGAGAGUAGCGAGGAGGAAAAGUGUCAGGAGCGACGCGACACGGGCCACGCAGAUUCCGGUUUCCUGUCCAGCGGGAAUCUUCAAGUCAGCUCCGAAUUGUGCGAUUCCGAAUUAUCGAAUGCUGGGACAACCGCGCCCGUGGCACCGGAACCAAUGAGGGCGGACAGCGGCGUGGAUCUCGGGCUCAGCGAAAGCCUGAGCCAACUUACGUUGAAGCAAGUUACUUUGAACGCUCUUGCGAGCGGCAAGGUUCAGGUCGAACCCACCGUCGAGUUGACUCCCGUCAGCUCCGUAAAACUCGAACGUCAACACGAAACGUCGACGUUGCGACACUGCGAAUCUCAACGAUCGACCGAAAAACCGCUCAAUGAGGAACCUUGGCAGCUGUACUACACACAGGACGACGACGGCGACACGCAGCUGCACAUAGCGAUAGUGCAAGGUUUCCUGGAGGCUGCGUUCAGUUUAAUAAGAAUGGCACCGCAUUUGUGCCUUCUGAACAUCCUGAAUGACGACGGUCAGUCCCCUCUGCAUUUAGCCGUAUUGACGCGACAGCCGAGGAUAGUCAGACGGCUGGUCCUGGCAGGUGCAAAUCCAGCGUUGAGGAACUUUCGUGGAAACACGGCCCUGCACCUUGCGUGCGCGACUGGCGAUAUUGCCUGCGCGAAGGCCCUUACCGAUCCCUUGACGCCGCUCGAAAGGAACUACCUUCUGCCUGGAAAGAAAAUACCUGCGCUGCCGCAGAAUCUCGAGCAACGAAAUUACGACGGGGAGAUGUGCCUUCACAUAGCGGCCUCCUCGGGUCAGGUGGAGCUGGUGCGACUUCUGUUGCGUCUCGGAGCGGAUCUCGAGGCCAGAGAGGCUUUGGCGGGAAAGACGGCCCUUCACCUCGCGGUGGAACGCGGCUGCCGAUCGGUGGUCGCGUUUCUGCUGCAAGAAUGCAGGCCUUGCCUCGACACGCAGACGUACGCGGGCAUCACCGCCUAUCAGAUAGCUCUGUGCCUGGACGGUCAGCUCGCGAGGGAGUUGGUUAGACUCGGUGCGACGCCGGAACCGAUACCCGACUCGGACUCCGACAGCAGCGACGAGGACGACAGCGCGGCGGAGAACUUCUUGCCCGCGAUCGCGAGACUCAGGCAAAACGUGGUCGGUGUCCGGGUAUAGGAGCAUCGAUCGAUCUCAGAGCACACGCUUAUCAAUCAUGUUUUCAUCUCUUCUUUUUUUUUUUUGGUCGAUCGACGUGCAUGCGGAUUACGUAACAGAUCUGCGCACCGUCGAUGAUCACGUUGAAAACAAUACGCGCGAUGUACGAAUCGCGUUUCGCGUAUAGAUAGAGAACAGAGAGAUUCGAACUCCGUUCGAGUACAAGUAUUUAGCGUGUCCGUAUCGAGCAUGUUACUCUCUUGAAACUGAACGGUCGAUUUCUCGAUACAUAUAUAUACAUGAAUAUGUAUAUGUGCAUAAAUGUCGUCGUCGAGCGCAUUUAGAAACGAAAGAGAACAGAGGACAAUGUUGACGUUUGUACAUGGAAACAAAAUCAAAAGAGCAGUCGAGAGUCUCGGAAACGUGAACACGUGCCUCUGUGAGGAACAAGUACUUCGAUAACGAGCGAAACGAGUACGAAUGUUGUAACGUUAUAUUACGACUGCAAAAAAAAGAAAAAAAGAAGAAUUUACGCUUAAGGAGACCGGAGGAUCUCGUUAUGUAAAUAAUACGCGAAGUAUACCGAUUUUCGUUCCGCGUUGUGUGAGAAUGCUGUGUGACGCCCGUACGCUUCGAAGCGUCUUAAGAUUGAAAGAGUAUAUAUGUUGAAAAGAUGAGGGAAAAAAAAGAAGUAUAUAUAUAUUGUAAUCGAACAUUCGUUAUUUGAUCGUUCGUUUUAAGCUGUACAUACGUAUAUUUAUGUUAGUCGAAUUUAAGAGACCGGAACAACACUUCUUCAUAGGAUUAUUUAUCGAGGAGCGUUAAAAACUGUUUGCUCGGGUACUACUUACGAAUAGUACUUCAGUACUGUUUCCACAUGUGAACGUUUAUAAACUCCCACACGCCCCGCCCUUUUGUAAAUAGUCAUCGUUUCUUAGUGUAAUAAAUGUGUCGUUUGCGCGACAUUAAUAACAAUAUUAAUAAUAAUAGAACGAUAAUAUUAACGUUGUUACGUAACGUGUCUACGAUUAUUUUUUUAGUAAUAAAAAGGCCUUGGAUAAUUGACCAUGAAUCACGGAGUUUCUGUUGUCGGUGAAUGAAUUUAAACGAUUCGACGACCUUUUACAGCGCGCGGAUGAACGAACGUUUGCGCUUUAAUUGCGAUUAUCGAAUAACGAACGCGAGAAAUUCGCGAGGGAGACGACGAAGGAGAACCGAAACAUCUUGCGUGGCUAAUUUUGCGAGAGCCGACGUAAAAAUGUGGAGCAAGGACCGGCCGUUGGUUAUUUCGAGUUCAGCGACGUGUAAUGGUCUAGGUAUUCCAAGAAGCCCGCAGACUUAUUCCUUUUCGGGGGAGUUUGGUCUGCGAAGCGUACAGGUUCCGGAAUAUAUUUGGAUCUUAGCAAAGAGGGGAUGGUGUACCGAUGGUUUAAUAUAGUUUCGCGUUCAAGUAGAUGUGUUCGUUUAUGGCCCCGCGGGAAUUUAUCGUAUUUAACAAAGAAUCGACGUUAUUUAUUUAUUGCGAAACGUUAUAUUUCCAUGAUAUAUUGUCGCGGAAUGUUGAAAGGAAAAGAUUUGGGAUUUUUAUUUGGAUGUGAAAUUUUUUUUACUCGAUACAGAUUGCAUGUCCUUCCAGACAUAUAUAUGUAAAUGAAACUGGAAAACGUACGAUUCUAGAGAUAAUAUAGCGGUUAUCGAACUGCUCGAGGACGAAGAAAAAUAUGCGACACGACGAACAACUGGGAUUCCCCAGUCACUCCAGUUCGCCGAUGGAAAUACCAGGAUUCGUGGCAACGAAAGUGCUGCCAGAUCGAGCAACCUUGGGCGCAGCAAAGUCAGUCGCCAAAAAGCCAUUCAUAUUCGAAAUGCGCCUACGUUGGCGAAUUUUAUUUAUAUUGCCAUUUUUCCACCCGGUAGAUUUUAACUUCUGCAAUUUAUCGACUUGUACAUAGAAUGUUCAUAACCUUACAGCUCUCUGUACGAUUUAAACGCACCAAUUAGAACGCUUGUUAAUCAGAAA